AUGAAAGGUUCCAUUCUAUCUAAGGUAGCUCUGCAAGAAAUGCUGCUACCUGCUAGUGAACCAGACAGUGAAACCUGCCAUAAAUGUCCUAAAGAAGAGUGGCCUGAUGAGAAGAAAGUAAAAUGUAUUCCCAGAAUAUACGAGUUUCUAUCCUUUGAGAAGGACAUUCUAUCGUUCAUAUUUUUAGGAAUAGUUGUAUUUCUUUCUGCUUUGACAUUGAUCAUAUUAAGAAUCUUCAUUUAUUACUGGGACACUCCGAUUGUUAAAGCCAAUAACCGAACUGUGAGCUUCAUCCUCCUGGCCUCCAUCUUGCUGAACUACCUCAGUGUCCUCUUAUUCCUUGGUCGUCCAGUGGACAUAACCUGCUUACUGAGACAAACAUUAUUUGGUAUCUUCUUCUCUAUUGGUGUCUCUUCUGUUCUGGCCAAAACUAUCAAAGUUUGCAUUGCCUUCAAAGCCACCAAACCUGGAGGUUUCUGGGUGAAGUGGAUGUCAUUCAAUGUGUCAGAUUAUGUGGUCUUGGUGUGUUCUUCUGUACAAGUUCUCAUAUGUGUUAUUUGGUUGUUGAUGUCUCCUCCUUAUGUAGAGUUUGACCAUCACUCUUAUCCUGGGAAGAUCAUCAUUCAGUGUAAUGAAGGCUCAGUAAUCGCCUUCUACUCCAUGUUGGGUUAUAUGGGGUUCCUGGCAGCUGUGAGCUUUGUUCUGGCUUUCAUGGUGAGGACAUUACCGGACAAUUUUAAUGAAGCCAAGUACAUCACCUUCAGCAUGCUGCAGUUCUGCAGUGUCUGGAUUACCAUGAUACCAGCCUAUCUGAGCACUAAAGGGAAGUACAUGGUGGCUUUGGAGAUAUUUGCCAUAUUGACCUCCUCUGCUGGCAUUCUUGGUUGUAUAUUUCUUCCAAAAAUAUAUGUUCUCCUAUUAGAACCUAGUUUGAACUCUAGAAAAGCAAUUUUGGAGAAAAACAAGAUAUAG